AUGGAAAAUCCGAAGAACAAGCUCUCUUACAUAUCGGUGCCUUCGCCGAUCAUCCAUCAGGUUCCCUCGUCGUCCUUACAGGGGCUCCUCCUCUCGCCGAAGAAGAGCUCGAGGCCGCGCAGCCGCUUCCUCGCCGCCGCCAGAAACACCGGGUUCCUCGUCUUCCUCUGUCUGUUCGCAUUCGUGGGGAUGCUAAAACUCAGCGUCCAACUCGACCCCCUCGUCCCCCUGGCCCCCAUCCCCUGCGCCACUCCCCGCCCAGAGGCGCCUCCCCUGUUCUCGUCGACGGCCGGCGACUCUCAGCCGGCGACGCCGCCCUCCGGCGGCGGCGAUGGAGGAGGUGAGGAGUUCUGGGAGCAGCCGGACGGGAUGGGGUACCGGCCGUGCUUGGAUUUCAGCAAGGGGUAUCGGCGGGCAACUGAAGGGAUCAAGAGGGACCGGAAUAAGUACCUCGUGGUGGGCGUCUCCGGAGGUCUGAACCAGCAGCGGAACCAGAUCGUUGACGCCGUGGUGAUCGCUCGGAUUCUCGGCGCCGCCCUCGUCGUCCCUGUUCUUCAGGUCAACAUCGUCUGGGGAGACGAAAGGUGAUCCUCCCUCUCCACCUCUACCUCCACCUCCACCUCCACCCACUGGUUUUCGUCUCCGUCUUCGUCUUCCCGGUCGAAAACUCUGGUUCCAGCGACAUGGAGGACCAGGACUAUGAACAGGACUCGGCUGGCAUCAAAUGGUCGUAUGCUGGCUAGGAAGGGGAACCCGAGAUGACAGCUGGGUACGGCUCUGGUUGAACUCUGGCAGCCGUCGUCCAUGGAAUCCGAGCCCCUCCCCCCCUCCUCCUCCCCUCCGGAUUUCUAUUCCUCUCAGGAAUAGACGAGCUCCAUCGCCACGAAUCUCCUCCGACAGGGUAGGACUAGUCUGGUUCCCCGGAAAUUUGAAUCUCUGAAUCUGUCUCCUUUCCGGGGUUCCGUCCCGCCCGUGAUUCCUGCUCGAGCUCGCCACCUUCUGCCAUGAAAACCCGUGAUCAUGAGAACAGUUCUCGAUCGAGAAGGCGAAAUUAACCGGGUUCUUUUUGUUUCUUGGUUUUGUUGGCGAGGGCAGCGAGUUCGGUGACAUCUUCGACCUGGAGCACUUCAAGCGCGUGCUGGCGAACGACGUGAGGGUGGUCUCGUCGCUGCCCACCACCCACCUGACCCGGCGGCCGGUGGAGCAGCUCCCCACGCCGCCGCGCGUUUCAGACCGCUGGAUCCGCUCUAAAUACCUCAAGCGCCUCACCCGCGAGGGCGUCCUCGUCCUCCGCGGCUUCGACUCCAGGCUCUCCAAGGACCUCCCCUCUGAUCUCCAGAAGCUCCGCUGCAAGGUUCCCUCUCUCUCUCUCUCUCUUACUUAUGAAUCGUCGUUGACUUGUGUAUUUCUUUAUUCUCAGGUGGCAUUCGACGCCCUGAGAUUCUCAGCUCCCGUUCGUGAACUGGGCAACAGGCUGGCGAUGAGGAUGAGGAGCAGAGGGCCGUAUAUCGCUCUGCACCUGCGGAUGGAGAAGGACGUCUGGGUGAGGACCGGUUGCUUCCCGGGGCUGAGCCCUGAGUACGACGAUGUCAUCAGCAGGGAGAGGGAGAGCCGGCCGGAGCUUCUCACCGGGAAGACGAAGAUGAGGCACCAAGAGCGCAAGGCGGCCGGCCUCUGCCCAUUGACCAUUGUGGAGGUCACGAGGUUGCUCAAAGCCCUCGGAGCUCCGCGGAGAGCCAACAUAUUCUGGGCAGGCGGGGAGCCCUUCGGCGGUGGCGCCGCCCUGCUCCCUCUGGUGGGGGAGUUCCCUUAUCUCUACAACAAGUACAAUCUCUCCUCACCGGGGGAGCUGGACCCGUUUGCGAACAGGUCCUCCAUCCUCGCCGCCGUCGACUUCAUCAUCGCCGAGAAGAGCGACGUCUUCAUGCCCUCCCAUGGCGGCAACAUGGGCCGCAUCCUCAAGGUACAAGAAGCUCAGCUCAGCUCAGCUCAGCUCCAAGUCUCCACCUUCCUCCUCCUCCUCCUUCUUCUUCUUCCUCCGACGAUCUCCGACGAUCUCUGCGCAGGGGCACAGAGCCUUCGCCGGGCACAAGAAGUUCAUCACCCCGAACAAGCGGCAGAUGGUGCCGCACUUCCUCAACGCCUCCCUCCCAGAAGCAGAGUUCAUCCAGAUCAUCAGGGAGCUCCACAACGCCUCCUUGGGUCAGCCGGAGCUCAGAACUGACAAGGUCGGAAAGGACGUCACUGCCUACCCCAUCCCCGAAUGCAUGUGCAACACCACCGCCCCCAUGCCAUGA